AUGAUUUGCUACUGCCACCUGCAAUUUCUUCCUGUUCUGAAGGCUUCCCCUCCUGAUGUUGAUGGUUUAUUAGUCCGCCUGCCACACCAACCUCGAAGUCCAAUUAAGAUCAUAUGGCCAAAUGGAGAGGUUAGACAGAUUAUAGGGGAAUUCACACUUUCAAAUUUACUAGCAUUACAAGGAGGAAAGGUAAUUGUAGAGACAGAUGAAAAUGGUGUCCCAAAUGAAAGGUCAGCCUCCAUUCUUGGGCAGCACCUUGGCCAUGUAGCAGAAAGCCCAACCUUAGCCCCUUUAGACAUCCCAAGAUUUGACAAUAGCAGGUUUAAUUCACACAAGGAACAAAUAAUAAAGGAUGUUGAGCUAAAGUUUGCCUUCCCAAGGCAAACCAUACAUCUUACAAGGGACUGGAUCCUAAGGACAGUUAAUAAUAGGUGGCGAGCGUACAAAUCUAAGUUGAAGAAACAAUACUUCAAUCGUGACGAGAGAACUCUAGAAGAAAUCCUAAGAGAGAAGCCACUUACGACUAAUGAACAUCAAUGGAGAUCUCUAGUUGGAAUUUGGUGCCAAGAGCAACAUAAGAAAUUAUGUUCCACAAACUCUCGUUGUGCAAAAGAACAGAAGACUGCACACACAUGUGGGAGGAAAAGCCUUGCUAGAUUAAAAAAAGAGAUGGAAACCAGAACUAAACGAAAGGUUCAUAGGAUAGAACUAUGGGAGGCAGCUCAUAAAAAGAAGAAUGGUAGAUACACAACAGAAAAGGCAGAGACACUGAUGGCUGCAUCUUAUGAGGAAUUUAAAAAAAGGCGAGGGAACAACAAUGGUAAUCGUCUUUCAUCUAAAGAUUACAAUGAAGUGUUCAAUGAUAUUGUUGCCAAGGAUUUCAAAGCACGUGGGUACUAUGAUGAUAAGUACUGGAGUCAAGGUGGUGAUAGUUAUGACCAAUGCACUGAAGAUGACAAAUCUGAAAAUUAUGCUGCCAAAGAUACGAGUAGCAUCCAAGAAGAUUCAAAUGCUGACGUGACCUCUCGAACAAACGAAGUGCAUAACAUGGUUCAUGUCGAGCAGCAGCAACAACAAUCUGUCCAUAGAAGUCUUGGACAAACUCAAGUCCAUACAUCUACACCACAUGAGCAAACACCUUCAAAGAUAGCAAAACAACACAAUUAA